GCAGUGCGCGCUCUCCUCACUCCCGCGAGUGUCCCGCCAGUGCAGCAAGUUUUUUACCUGUGCGGUGUACUCGCUCGAAUCCAGUGCUACCGGUACGCAUACAUAUUAUAGUGCCAUAGAGUGCGAAGUAUCGAGAAGAAGGUAUCAUCGCCAGUGCGACCAGCAUCGGCAGCGGCGCCAGUGCGACAAGUGUCUCGCAUAUUAUAAUACAGCGUCCAAGUGUUAUGUGAGACAGAGGGCGAGAGCGAGGAGGAGAGCGACCUUGAAGAGGAAACAACCGAGAGAGAGAGAGAGAGAGAGAGAGAGAGAGCGCAGAGGAGGAAGUGUCUGUGCCGUGAGCAGUCGGCUCAGACGGGACGACAGAGAGCGAGGAUGAGACGCUGCACCGGAAGCUAGAAGGAGCCGCGAGCAGGUGUCAUGGCCAGGAGGCGGCCAUGCUCGUGGAUCAACCCACUGGCGCUGCUGCUCCUGCUGGGCGGGUUCGCGAGCUUGGCCCAGGCCUACCUCGCCGUGCUCUCCUCGAACCUGCCGGCCGGUACGUUGGUCUUCGAGGCUGGCGUACCGCAUCUCGGCGGGAAGAGGAAGUAUGCGGCUUCGCAGGACAGGACGGCUUGGUUUGCGCUCAAGCUGCUCAAGGUGCAUCCGCAUACUGGAAGGGUUACCUUGGCCAAGAGCCUAAACUGCGAUGGUCUGCAGUAUCCGAGGCUGUUCACGUUCUACAUCGACUCGACGAGUUCGCGGCUGGGCCGCGCGACCAUCGACUACUACAGCCUACCCCUGCGCGUCCUGGUGACUGGCUGCGGCGGCGAGAACGUCGACCUCGCCGCAACGAAAGGCUGGAUGGCCGAGACCCUCGCUUCCUACGCUAUGCCCAGUACCGACAAGUUCACCGAGGUCUGCCUGAGGACGUCGCAACUGGUGGCCGCGCUUCGGGACUUCCUGCCUCACACGGCCCUUAAGCAAUGCGAGACCAGAUGGGGCGGAGUAGCGGAUCCACGUUUCCUAGUCGAAGGCGCAGCGGGUGACCUGGUCUCGGCGUCGGAGCAGUGUCUGGUCGACCCGCUGUGGAAGAUCUCCGUGUCGAUGACGUUGCGAUGCGGCACGACGUACCUGGCAGAUGCCGAACACCGGCUCAAGAUCGUCUUCCAUCACCAACAACUCGAUGACUCGGACUUGGGUCGGAGGGUGAGGAGAGAACUGAGGAACCAGUCGCCCUUCUUCGAACAAGCGCUUUACGUUGCUGCGGUCGAGGAAGAGAAGGAACCUGGGGUUGCGGUCACGACGGUCAAGGCGAGGGAUCCCGAGGGUGGAAUCGUCAGGUACACCAUGAGUUCGCUGAUAGACGCGCGAUCGCAGAGUCUCUUCAACCUGGACGCGAACAGCGGCAAAGUAACGACAACGGCACAACUCGACCGCGAAAACGUCGACGUGCACUACUUCCGCGUCUUGGCAGUGGACGACUCGUUUCCACCUCGAACUGGUACGACGACGCUGCAGAUCAACGUACUCGAUGCCAACGACCAUGCGCCAACCUUCGAGUCACCUGAAUACGAAGCUUCGGUACACGAGAGCGUCCCUAUCGGUUCCAGCGUCAUCUCCAUCAAGGCUACCGAUCAGGAUAUGGGCAAAAAUUCCGAGGUUGAAUACUCUAUCGUCUCGACGACCGGUGGUGGAACUACGACAUUGACGGAGGAUCAGUCUACGUUUAGGAUCGAUCCUCGUACCGGAAUAGUCACGACGAAGACGUCGCUAGACCGCGAGAAGACCGAGGUCUACACCGUGAUAAUUCAAGCCUCGGACCUGGCCAACCCGGAAUCUAAUCGUCAGACAGCCUCGGCGACGUUGGUCGUUCGCGUUCUGGACGACAACGACAACUACCCGCAGUUCUCCGAACGCACGUACAUCGUCAGUAUACCGGAGGAUAUGGAUUACACGCUGAACCCAGUGAUAGCGGAAAUCCGUGCGAUCGAUGCCGAUGCCGGAUCCAAUGCGGCGAUGAGAUAUGCCAUCAUUGGAGGCAACACCCAGAACAUAUUCCAGAUCGACUCGCAGACCGGAGAUGUGAUACUGGUGAAGCCGCUGGAUUACGAGACCGUGAAGAAUUACAAGAUCAUCGUGAGGGCGCAGGAUGGAGGAAUGCCUGCUAAGUCUAAUACCACACAGCUGCUUGUCAGGGUCAAGGAUGUCAAUGACAAUGUGCCGAGGUUUCAUACUACGCUAUUUCAAGAAGCAGUCUCCGAAUCCGUCUCGAUCGGCUACAGCGUCUUAAAAGUCCAAGCCUACGACGCCGACGAAGGUCCGAACGCCCAGAUCAAGUACUCGAUCGGUUCGCGUGAUUUGAGUGGUGGGUCGACGGAGAACUUCCCUGUAGCAGUCAACUGCGAGACCGGUUGGAUAUUCACAGUCAAGCAACUCGAUCGUGAACAGUGUUCCAAGUACCAGUUUGUCGUGGUGGCCAGUGAUUCCGGUGAGCCACCGAAAUCGGCAAGUGCUACGGUGAUACUGACGGUUACCGAUGUCAACGAUAACGAUCCGUACUUCGAGCCAAAGAGCUACGAGGCUGUGAUUGCGGAGGACGAUCCACCUGGAACACCUGUCACUACGGUUACUGCUACGGACCCUGACGAAGACGCUAGGAUUCACUAUGAGAUCUCGUCGGGAAAUACCAGAGGACGAUUUUCCAUAACAUCGCAAAACGGUCGUGGUCUCAUCACCGUGGCUCAACCACUGGAUUACAAGCAAGAGAAGCGUUUCGUCCUUACCGUAACGGCCUCGGACUCCGGAGGUCGCAGCGAUACGGCUCUGGUCUACGUGAACGUCUCCGACGCGAACAACUACGCGCCGGUCUUUGAGAACGCGCCCUACUCGAUCUCGGUGUUCGAAGAUGCUCCGGUUGGCACAACGGUCCUGGUGGUCAGCGCUACAGAUUCGGACGUUGGUCAGAACGCUCAAAUCACCUACAGUCUGAGCAGCGACGAAGACGGCGCCGAAAGUCAGGAAACCUCCAAGUUCGCCAUCAACCCGCAGACCGGAGCCAUCACCACGACCAAACCGCUGGACAGAGAAAUGGAUAAGGGCUAUCUGCUGACCAUUACUGCCAAAGAUGGUGGAGUUCCUCCGAUGAGCGAUACCACCGAUGUGGAGAUAUCGGUAACGGAUGUUAAUGACAACGCGCCAACUUUUGACUCCGUUCAGUACCAAGGAGCGGUAAGAGAGGACGUACUGAUCGGCACGAGCGUUUUAAAGGUCACGGCAACUGACAUCGACGAUGGUCUCAACGGAAGGGUGAAGUACGUUCUGGAGAACGACGGAGACGGCUCCUUUGCCAUCGACCCGGCAACCGGUGUCAUCAGGACAGCUAAGGCUCUCGAUCGCGAAUCAACGGCCCGAUACAACCUAAAAGCCGUAGCCGUGGAUCGUGGCUCGCCCGCUCUUUCUUCUACCAUCUCAGUGGUCAUCAAGAUAGAGGAUGUGAACGAUUCGCCACCAACCUUCGAAAAGGAGAAGAUCGUUCUGUACAUACCAGAGAAUUCUCCGAUCGGUUCGACAGUCGGCGAAAUCUACGCCCACGAUCCUGACGAAGGACCCAAUGCCGUCGUCCAGUACUCCAUCAUCGGUGGUGAGGACGCAAAUAGCUUCCGACUCAACACCCGUCCUGGCGCUGACAGAGCCGAACUCAUUUCCUUGGUCGAACUGGACUACGAGUCGACGAAGAAGAAGUUUGAACUGGUGGUGAGGGCAACUUCGGUACCGCUUCGCUCCGACGCCAUGGUCCAGGUUCUUAUAACGGAUGUCAACGACAACGCGCCUAAGCUAGAAGACUUCCAGAUCAUCUUCAACAACUUCAAGGACUUCUUCCCCAGCAACUCUAUCGGCCGAGUUCCUGCAUUCGACGCUGACGUUACGGAUAAACUAAUCUACACUAUUCUAUCGGGCAACAACGCCAACAUAAUCUCGUUGAAUAAGACCACCGGUGAAAUUACCUUGUCACCUCAGUUGAACACUAAUGUCCCGCGCGUUGCGACGAUGGAUAUCUCUGUUACCGACGGAAUCAACGAAGCUAAGGCCACCAUGACGCUGUCAGUUCGUCUUGUCACCGAUAAGAUGCUCCUGAACUCGAUAACCGUGAGGUUGGACGAGAUGACGGUCGAAGCAUUCCUGAGUCCGCUGCUGGGCUAUUUCCUGGACGGUCUAGCCGCCAUCAUCCCGUGUCCCCGGGACAACAUCUUCCUGUUCAGUGUGCAAGAAGACACCGAUGUGCACAACAAGAUCCUAAACGUGAGCUUCUCGGCGAAGCGUGCCGAACCUGGUUCCAGCGACGAGUUCUACAGCACGCAGUUUCUACAAGAACGCGUUUACCUGAACCGUGGAAUCCUGGCCAGGUUGGCUAACGUCAAAGUCCUACCGUUCGACGAUAACCUCUGCGUCACCGAGCCGUGUCUCAACUUCGAGGAGUGCGUCACUGUGCUCAAAUUUGGUAACGCUUCGGGCUUCGCCAGUAGUAGUACCGUUCUCUUCAGGCCGAUCUACCCCGUGACGACCUUUACCUGUCAAUGUGCCAAAGGCUUCACCGGGAGUAGAGAAGCUUACCUCUGCGAUACCGAGGUGAACCUGUGCUACUCGAAUCCCUGCAAGAACGGAGGCACGUGCAGAAGACGCGAAGGCGGCUACAGCUGUGAGUGUCCUGUAGGCUACAUGGGCAACGACUGCGAGGUGUCCCUCAAGCAAAAUGCUUGUGUGCCUAACCUCUGCAAAGGAGGCUCGACGUGCAUCAAUAGGGUGAGCGGUGGAUUCUUCUGUGAGAAGUGCCCAGCUACUCCGUUGGACAGUGUAACGCCACUGUGUCAACUGAAAUCUCGCAGCUUCGGACCCACGACCUUCCUGACCUUCCCGUCGUUGAGACAGAGACACAGAUUGCACCUAAAACUGAGGUUCGCAACCGAGGCGUCCGAAGGUCUGCUGCUGUACAACGGCAGGUACAACGAGAAGCACGACUUCAUCGCGUUGGAGAUCGUCGAGUCACAGAUGCAGUUCAGCUUCUCCCUCGGUGACGAGAUAACCCGAGCUACAGCGAAGAUACCUGGAGGUGUGUCCGACGGUCAAUGGCACGAGGUCCAAGUAUCCUACAUCAACCGAUCAGUGGUCGUGUCGCUGGACAACUGCGACGUGUCAUUGGCAUUGAGAUUCGGAGAGAGACUCGGCGAGAGAUGGAGUUGCGCUGGUAGAAACGAGCAGAUCCUCGAGACUCGCUGCAGCGACGUCACCGAAACCUGCCACAGGUUCUUGGAUCUUACGGGGCCACUUCAACUAGGAGGACUACCUGCGAUCCCCUCGAGCUUCCAGAUCCGCAACAAGGACUACGUUGGCUGUAUCAGCGACUUCCACGUGGAUCACCAGUUCGUGGACCUAAACUCCUACGUGGCGGACAACGGAACGACCGCUGGCUGUCCAGAGAAGAGACCUUUCUGCGCAUCCACUCCCUGCAACAACGGGGGCAGCUGUCGAGAGGUCUGGUCGGGUUACGUGUGCGAGUGCGUCGAGAGCUACUCUGGUCCUCAGUGUGAUGACGAGAUGUCCAAGCCCUGGCGAUUCCGUGGCAACGGUCUGCUGAGCUUCAACCCACUGCUCAAACCCAUCCACCUACCGUGGCUGACUGGAUUCAGUUUGAGAACGCGAGACCAGGAUGCAUUCAUCAUGACGAUUCAAAUCGGUCAGAACAGUUCGAUCGUGUUCGAGGUCAUAGGCAGCAGACUCGCAGUUCUGUUGAACGGCGCCGACGUGAUCAGGUCGUGGGUCGAAAUCGCCGACGGCAACUGGCACAGGGUCGAAGUGCGAUGGCAGAGCGGUCAGGUAUCUCUGGAUCUAGACUACCGGAAUCGACCGAUCGUCCAAACGUUGGCAGCAAAAAUGCAGGGACUGUACGUUGGCAGAACGCUGAUCGGUAGGUCUGACUCGACCUUUAACACCGAGCUGCCCUUCUUCAGUGGAUGUUUACAGGAUAUUCGAGUCGGAACGAACCAAACGAUUCUUCAACGACCUAUAGUCCAGGAGAACGUGGGCUCGGGCUGCGAAACGGAUAACACCUGCACUGCCAGUUGCUCUGAAUCAGCGACCUGUGUUACCAAGUGGGAGGAAAGCGAGUGCGUGUGCACAGAAGGUCGCGUAGGGCAGGGCUGUGAAAAAAUCUGUGAUGUGAACCCUUGCAGCGAGUCUGGGUCGUGCGUUGAGAAGACGAACAACAAGAAGGGCUAUGAAUGCCAGUGCAAGUCACCGGAAUACUCCGGAGAGUACUGUGAGAUCAAAGCGGAGCAGCCAUGUCCAGCAACCUGGUGGGGUUCUCCGGUUUGUGGUCCAUGUCACUGCGACGAGUCCCGAGGUUACGAUCCAGCCUGUAACAAGACGACUGGCGAGUGUUACUGCAAGGAGAACCACUAUCAACCUCCUGGUGAAAAGGAGUGCAUACCCUGCGAUUGCUAUGCGACCGGUAGUUUCGGACCACGUUGUGAUACCAUCACCGGCCAGUGUAGGUGUAGGACCGGCGUCAUCGGUAGGGCUUGCACUGACUGUCCCAAUCCAUAUGCAGAGGUCACUCUGAAGGGCUGCGAAGUUGUCUACGAUGGCUGUGCGAGAUCGUUCUCCGACGGACUCUGGUGGUCUCGAACCAAGUUCGGUGACACGGCGAUCGAGGACUGUCCCGAACCAGCCGAAGGCAAAGCUUCGCGUGUCUGUUCGGACAAACUUAGCGGCUGGCAGGCACCGGACCUGUUUAACUGCACGUCCGAGGCUUUAAUAGAACAGCGUCAUCAGCUUGCCGCUCUCGAGGCCAACGAACUCACCCUCAACACUUACAUCGCCGUCAAGAUGGCGAUGGAACUGCACAAGGCCGUCAACGCCACCAAGACCAUGUACGGAGCCGAUGUCCUCGUCACCGAAUCUCUUCUUGUCGCACUUCUCAAGUACGAGGAUAGUUUGGCCGGGCUGAACCUGACCCAUAGCCAGGACAAGGACUACGUGGCUCAUCUAGUGGGCAUUGCUGGAGCCGUACUGCAGAAGAGGUACGCUGACAACUGGAUCAGGAUCGAGUCCCUAACCGGGGACAGUCCUGACAAGAUAAUGCUCACCAUGGCUGAGUAUCUUAAAACACUCGCUGUGUCACAACAUGACACGUACACCAGUCCGUUCGAGGUCGUCGAUACCAAUGUUGUUCUAGGCUUGGACGUCGUCACGUCCGAGAGUCUGUUCGGUUACGAAGCGACGGAGUACAAGGAAGACCCGAGCCUAUCGACUGCCAGGCCAACGGAGGCCGACCAAAAAGUCAUACUGCCGGACACUUCUGCCUUUUUCGUCACGCCCAUGCACAUGGGCCCUUCGAUAAGCUUUCCAAAGUACAACAAUUAUAUGCCUGAUCCCAACAAGUUCGAUCCGUAUUCAAAAGUACAAGUGCCUCUACGUCUGCUGGGUAUACAGUCGGUAACCCAGGGCGACCUCAAUGUCAAAAACAGUUUAAGUAAUCAUAAGGCCGUCUUAAGCUAUGUGCAAUACCGCGAGUUAGCUUCUAUACUGCCGAAAAGGUUCGAUGAUUCUGUAACUAUAAGGUGGGGAGUGGAGGUUGCAGUCGGAUCGCCAAUCGUAACGGUGUCCGUCCUAGUGCCAUCCGAAACUGGAUACAAUACUCUGACGGGGAUACCUCUCAAGUCCCCGGUCAGAAUUCAACUUUGGCUCAGCGAGGACGACGGCUACAAGACGAGAAUCAAUCCACAGUGUGUUCACUGGAGUACAGCCCGAGGAAUCGGCGAAUGGAGCAGACUGGGCUGUACAACGGAGGUCGACGACACGAACAUGGCCCUUGGUAUGAUGGUCAACUGCUCGUGCAUCAAGCUCUCUACGUUCGCAGUUCUAACCGACGUUCUGGACCUCGAGUACGUCCCCGAGCCAUCGCUUCUCGAGGACGUCACGAGCUACAGCGCGUUCAUCGUGGCACUGCCUCUCUUGCUCACGACGAUCCUGAUCCUCGCUUUAAUCCGCGGUGGCGAGACCAACUCCAAUAGCAUCCACAAGAACCUCGUGCUCUGCGUCUUCUUCUCGGAGCUGCUCUACCUCGUGGCUCUCAAAGCCAGACACGCUCUGAUCGGCAACGAGUUUCCCUGCAAGCUCAUCGCGAUCGGACUGCAUUACGCCUGGCUGAGCACUUUCUCCUGGACCCUAGUCGACACGGUGCACCUCUACAGGAUGCUCACCGAGAUGAGGGACAUCAACCAUGGCCAGAUGAGAUUCUACUACACGCUGGGAUACGCUGUUCCAGCCAUCAUCGUCGGCCUGACGAUCGGUGUCAGGGCUGACCAGUACGGAAAUUUCUACUUCUGCUGGCUGUCGAUUUACGAGAAUGUGAUCUGGUCUCUUAUCGGCCCGAUCUGCCUGAUGGUCCUGGUGAACUUCUGCAUCCUGAUUAUGUCGGUGCGGGCAGCGUUCACCCUCAAGGAGCACGUAAUGGGCUUUGGAAAUCUGCGCACACUGCUCUGGCUUUCGGUUGCCUCGCUUCCGUUACUCGGGACGACCUGGACUCUGGCGGUGCUCGGAGCCAGCGAGAACUCGCCAACCUUGUCUUACAUGCUCAGCGUGUCGAUAGUCGUGCACGCGACCUUCAGCCUAGUCGGCUACUGCUUCGUUAACGGACGGGUACGGAGGAACCUGUAUCUCAGCCUGCUCAAGUGCAUCGGCAAGAAGGCGCCGCUGCUCGAUGUCAGCAUGGUCAAUGGGAGUAGUAGCCAGAACGUCAAUAAUACCGGGAUCACCCGGUCUGGGAUCGCCUACUCGUCGACAUACGGUGGGACCGACGCGAAUUCAAAAAGAGUCCACGUCGGGGUGUCGACGAGCAGCACAACGUCUCGGAGCACAAACAAGACAGGAUCCAGUCCAUACAGGAGCGAUACGCAGCUCCGUAACACGUCGACCUCAACUAGUAACUACAACAGCGAUCGUGGAGCUUACAUGUCCCGACGGAGCAAUCACUCGACGAGGCACAAGAGACACGAGACGAAGCAGGAACGAAGCGAGCAGCAGAAGCGCCGGGAAUCGGAGUCAGACUCGGACGCGUCGCAGCGGGAUAGCCGAGGCCGCGGUCUAGACGGCACAAGUUCGCAUAGUUCGGAAGACGAGACGGACAAGACCGUGGCACAGGCCGCGGCGGCAGCUGCUGCCGUCUCCUCCAAGAACAUGGGCGUUUCAACGCAGCGCGAACCGCAUAACUACUUGCCCAACAUAUCGGGUAGUGCGCCGCAACCGCCCGACAGCCUCAACGUGCUGCACUGCUCCAGUACCGAUCUCUUCCCGAACAUCAAACCAAUCUACGCACCGAGGUGGAGCUCGCAACUGCCCGAGGCUUAUCUACCGUCGUCCAACAUAGACGCCCGUGGUAGCCAGUGGUCGGGCGGCACAAUGUCGGACAACGAGAUGGCCUCGACAAAGACGGCCUCGCCGAACCCGAUGUCCUACGCCGAGUUGAACCUGCACCACGCGAAGAUGCACCCCGACGCCGAGAACUACUCCGAAACCGAGGAGAAGUUCCACAUAGCCGACAAGUACCUCUACCCCUACACCAGUCCCGAGGACGAGCUGCACCAGCACCAGCUUCACCUGCAGCAGCAACAGCAGCCCUCGUCGCACGGACCCAUGUCGCCGACCCCCUACAUGCUCUCCAUGCCCUCGAGGAUACUCAGCUCGAGCAUGAGUCAUCACUCGCAGACCUCGAAUCACGAUAACUUCACCAACGGUUACGAGAGGUACGGAAGCCUGAAGAGGGGACAGGCGCUGCACAAGAUGAACCACGACAAUCUUAGCUACAGCGAUAGUAGAUACGGAAGCCUAAAGAGAGGCGGUAGUUUGCACGGCUCGUACCACGACAACCUGAACACGGGUCUGGAGAGGUACGGCAGUCUGAAGCGAGGCAAGAUCACGCCGACGAUGCUGGAAGAUCCGUCAGACUACAUAAUGCCGAUCAGCAGUCGGACGCUGUCAGGCUCGCUUGGACACGACCUGCAACAGCACAGUAACGAGCUCGCCGCGCUCAGGCAGCUUCAACUCCAGCAGCAACAGCUUCACUACGAGCACACAAUCGCAGAGACUGAUGAGGAGGAAGGAUAUUAGCAAUGCAGAAACGUCCGUAUGACAAUCUUGUCUACAAAACAAAUAAACAAGAGAAACAAAGCAACAAAAUGUCGUACAAACUUAUUACAGAGUUAAAUAUUUUAGGCUUAGCCAUUUUACACGCAAUGAAUAAAUAGUAAGCAUAAAAAAUAGUAUUUUAAGCGCUGGCCAUGAUCGUACUUAAAAUGACGUAGCCAUAUAAUGAAUUGCAAGUAUGUGUGAGUGCCUGUUCAUAUUGUGCUUAUGUCGUCUGAACACUUUCGAAUCGACUGAUUGUAAUUUUUUGUUAAUUUAUAAGAGUACAGGACUUAAGUGUCUCAGUCAGUUCGAUGGUAUUGCAUCGAAUCUUCUUAGACUUCGAACCUGUAGUAUAUGAUCUCUUGAUACUAUCUCUCUCAUUUUUCAUCAAAUCAUCUAUCUACGAAAAAAAAUGUCAUUACUUGUAAUUUAUGUACUUUUAUAAUGCUCAGUAUUUGUGCAAUGUAUACAUUCCAAUGUUAUUAUUUAACACUUUUUAAUUAAAUUUUUAUGACGAAUUUGUAUUCUUUACAUGCCGAGAAGAAAUAGGUAUAAAAAGCGUACUAUAAUAUCGUACUUUACUUUAAUACUCGAAUCUUUUGUAUAUAUUUAUAUGGAGAAAUUUGACGAAAUACAAAUAAUUUAUAUACCCUGUA